AUGCCCCGGGAACAUUCCUGCACCGAGCCGGGGUGCGGAAAGAGGUUCCUUCGUGCAGAGCAUCUGGCUAGACAUCGACUGAACCAUAGUCCCAAACAAAUAUAUCAAUGCCCCUCAUGUCCCAAACGCUUCGUCCGAAAGGACUUGCUCAGGAGACAUGAAGAGCGCCAUGCCAAGGGGAUGUGGUUCCGCAACUCAGGCGGCUUUGUGGCAGCCAACAACUCCAGCUCUUCGCAUGAUUCUUCUGAGACUCCCACUCAAUCAUUCCAUGCCGCGCAAAUGGAGCAUGCUGCCAUGUUCACUGAACGAGAGCAGGAGGAGGAUGUUCGGAUGAGUUCGUCGGAUAUGCAUCCAGUUAAAAUGUCUCCGUAUGAAGAUAGUGGUCACGAACAUAAUGCCCAGAUGGAGGUCAUGGAUGCGACAAGACACGAAAGCGUCGCCAAUCAUGCCAUGUCUUACAACCAGCAACUUCCGAAUAUGGAGCCAAUGGAUUUCCGACACCCUGGAACUACAGUGCAUGACCCGGGCCCUCACAAUAUGGACUAUGCUCUUCCCCAGUUCGUGGAAGAUCAAGUUACUUCGCUAUUCUUUGAUCCAUCGACAAAUAUUCCUGAUCCGGCGUUGGACUUUGAGUGGUUAUUUGAUAAUCUCUCUGCCGAUAUGAAUUCUACAGGAGGGAGUGCCGGUAUACCUUCCGGUACAUCCCCGCACAGCAGUGUUACAGGCACGGAUAUAUCACCGCCUGCACUUCCUGUGCCGCCACCUGCGCAUAUUCGACAUCCAUUGUCGCCUCAAUCAUCGUUAUCGUCGCCGUGGGCAGAAGUUCGGACGAACUUAUUAGAGGCUUUGAGCACCUUAGACCCCGAGAUCACGAUGUCAUCAUUCUUCUACCCGAGUAAUUUGGCGGCGUUCUGGGAUUUAUACUUUGAGAAUUAUCAUCCGCAUUUUCCGAUUCUACAUAAGCAUACACUCAAUCCAGUGAAGGCAUCACCUUUAAUGGUUGCUGCUAUUGUUACGCUGGGGUCCACAUUAUCCGGAGAUGCGGUACAUUGGCAUACAUCUAUCAUAAUUCAUGACACAUUGCGAUAUCUUAUAUUCGGGACACCUGACUUUGAUCCUCCCGCGUCACUAUGGUGCGUCCAAACUCUCCUGAUUCUACAAGCACAUGAAAAAAUGUUUUCUACGAGGAAGCAUCACCAGCUCGCACAUAUUUUCCACGGCGCAAUCAUCACACUCAUGAAGCGCGGAGUAGCAUAUCACAGCGCGGCGCAAACACCCGGCAGGACCCCACUGGAACAGUCAUGGCAUCAGUGGAUCGAAAUGCAGAGCUCAAACCGAACUGCAUUUUUCGGAUUCAUCAUGGAUGCACAGCAUAGCUUCAUGUUUGGCCAUACAUGCAUUCUUUCUGUACAUGACGUGCGGUUACCACUGCCAUGCGCGGAUGUACUAUGGGAAUGCACGAAAGCCGAAGACUGGGAGCGAAUGAUGCGCAAAACACCAGAAUCGCCUGGUUUUUUACCUGUGCUCAAACGACUCUUGGCGCGAGCCCCAAUCCCACCACAUUGUAGUCCAUACGCUCGCUUCAUUCUGCUUCAUGGAUUGUUCAGUGUAACGGCUCACCUGAAAGCAAGAGACUCGGCAACAUUGGGUGUGGGACGUAUGUCGAUGGCCAAUUCGCCCCGACUAGAUGCAAUAGAUACAUGGAAAGAAACACUCGAACGAGCAAUGGAUACAUGGUCAUUCUCACUCGUAUCACGAAGCUCAUCGCUUGCUUUGGAGGCAUCCCGACCACUUCACCGCAUGGCCUAUGUGGCUAUAUACACCGACAUCAACGAUAUCCACAUCCUCGCCGGCGCACCAUCCUUACUAGGCAGUCUACUAUCCAACAACGACCGACUACGAGCAACAGCACGAGUACGCGCAUGGAGCGAAAGAGGCGAAUCCAAAAAGGCACUCUACCACUGUCUCCUGCUCAUACAAGAGACCAUAUUCACAGGUCAAUUUUAUCGCGCGACGAAGGAUAAUAUUGCGCUUCGUCCGUGGUCGAUAUACCACGCAUCUUUGAUUCUGUGGGCAUACGGUGCCAUGGCUCGAGAACGGAGUCAGCCAGUAACACAAAUCUCGGCGGGGAGAGAAAGUUUGUUUAGCGCAGAAGAGUACCUUGUGCGUAUGUUGAUGUUGUUACGACAGGAUUCGGCGGAUAUUGAUGUUGUGGCUCAGCAGACUUCGGAGUUACUGCAGGCGGUACGCGAGAGUCUGGAGGGGUGUCGGUGGGAGUUGUUGCAGGAGGCGUAUGAUACGUUGGGGAGGUUGAUUGUGAAUCUUUGA